UGUUUGGGUACCAUGCACCACCGCCACAUUAUCUAAUAUAAAAGGACCGGCCACCAUGGGAUCCUUUCUUUUUUCCUUUCUUCUUUUUUUUCCCUUUACUUUCUCUUCCACGUACUUUUUUCUUCUAUAAAAUCAUGGGUCUCCUCGACGUUGUUCCUGCUGGUGUCGUUACUGGCGAUAACCUUCGCAAGCUUUUUGAAUACGCCCGCGAGCACAAGUUCGCUAUUCCCGCCAUCAACUGCACUUCGACCAGCACCAUCAAUGCUGCUCUUGAAGCCGCUCGUGACCUCAAGUCGCCCAUCAUCAUCCAGUUCUCCAACGGUGGCUCUGCUUUCAUUGCUGGCAAGGGCUUGAGCAACAAGAACCAGGAAGCUUCCAUCAUUGGUGCCGUUGCUGGUGCUCAGUACGUCCGCACUGUUGCCAAGGCCUAUGGCAUUCCCGUCAUCAUCCACUCUGACCACUGUGCCAAGAAGCUCAUUCCUUGGUUCGACGGCAUGGUUGCCGCCGAUGAAGAAUACUUCAAGGCCAACGGCGAGCCUCUCUUCUCGUCGCACAUGUUGGAUCUUUCCGAAGAGCCCAAGGAGGAGAACAUUGAAAUCUGCUUGAAGUACUUGAAGCGCAUGGCACCCAUGGGCUGCUUGUUGGAGAUGGAGAUUGGUAUCACUGGUGGUGAGGAAGACGGUGUCAACAACGAAGAUGUCGAUAACGCUUCCCUUUACACCCAACCCGAAGAUAUCUGGGACAUCUACAAGGCCUUCAGCGAGGUCACUGACUUGUUCUCCAUUGCCGCUGCUUUCGGUAACGUUCACGGUGUCUAUGCCCCUGGCAACGUCAAACUUCACCCCGAAUUGUUGGAGAAGCACCAGGCUUAUGUCACUGAACAGCUCAAGAGCGAGAACCCCAAGCCCGUCUUCUUUGUCUUCCACGGUGGCUCUGGCUCGUCUGAGCAGGAAAUUGCUACUGCUGUCAACAACGGCGUUGUCAAGAUGAACGUUGACACUGAUACCCAGUGGGCUUACUGGAUCGGUCUCCGUGACUUCUACGAAGCCAAGAAGGAUUACCUCCAGACCCAGGUCGGUAACCCCGAAGGCGCCAACAAGCCUAACAAGAAGGUCUACGAUCCUAGAGUCUGGGUUCGUGAGUCCGAAAAGACCAUGAUUGCGCGUGUCCAACAGGCAUGCAAGGACUUGGGCAACGUCAACAUUUUGUAAAUAUUAUAAUAUAUAUCUCGUGCAAUGUACGCCGUCCUAUCCUCAUGUUGUAAAUAAAUGAAAUACUAUUCGUGAUCGAGUCGAAA